AUGAUCCCCCGUCAACACGGACUCCCCAAAUGCCCUCAAACCAUCGCCUCCUUUUCGACCCACCUUGCUGUCGCGGACAAGCAGAUCGGCUCUCAAAAAGGACGGUCGCAACAGAAUCCAGAAAUUCCAUCCUUCAGUUUCGACUCUCUCGGUCUGAGCAGGACUACCAAGACCGUUGUCGUCGUCGUUCUCGGCGUCUUUGGAACUAUCGAAAGCUGGUUCUGGGCCCAGACGAUCUGGCGCUGGUGGAAGAGCGACGCUGAGGAUACAAAGUAA